GGCGGCUCCCGCGUGCGCGCUCUGGCGGGCGGGCGGGCUGUGGGGCUCGGUCCGCGCCGCCCCCGGUGCCGGCCUCGUGCACUCGUCGCCUCCUUCCUCCCCCGCCCGCACCUCCCUCCGCUCGGCCUCCCGCCUGCUUCGCCCCUGGCUCGCCGCUGCUCCUCCAGCCCUGGCGAGGAGGGGCCCCUGCGCGGCGCAGGACGGGACGGGCUGCGGACGUGUCUGACGCCUUGGACCGCGCGGUCCGCGAGGGUCGGGGGGACCUUUGGGGCGGACCGGAACACUCCGUGGUGCCGCCGUGACGGCCCGCGGGGCGCCCUUCCCUCCCGCCCAUUCGCGUAGCCGCGUCCGGCUCGGGGCUGCCGGGGGAGGUGGAGCCGCGGCCCCGGGCGUCAGGCCCGCCCCGCUCCGGUCAGGCCGCGCUUCGGGCGGGGUUUUGGGCAGCGGGGGCUGGACCGUGCCGGGUCCGAGUCUCAGGAGGCCGGAAACCCGUGCCCGGGAGCCACCCCGCGGACUCCGACUGCGGCCGGCGGCUCGUCCCGUGCCUGGGUUCUGCGCGUUUGUGCCCCGGCUCCGCGAGCGCCGCCCCAGUUGUGUCCCGGGGGGUGAGCGGCUCCCCGAGGCUGCCCGCAGGAACAGGCGGUGCGCUCACCUGCUUCCCCGGGGCGGCUGGGCCAUGAGGACGGCGCUCGUGUACCACGAGGAAAUGACAGCCGCGCGGCUGCUCUGGGACGACCCCGAGUGUGAGAUCGAGCGUCCUGAGCGCCUGACCGCAGCCGUGGAGCGUCUGCAGCAGGGUGGCCUGGAGCAGAGGUGUCUACAGUUGGCAGCUCGAGAGGCCUCAGAGGCGGAGCUGGGCUUGGUGCACAGGUCAGACCCCCCCGGAGCCACGCACCACAGAGGCCACCGCCUGGGACGUGCAAGCACCCAGCCUGCCCCGGUCUUGAAAACAGAACUCCCCACCUGCCUCAGUUUCACUACUGGGUGGAUGGGGGAGGGAACAGUGAGCCCAGAGUAUGUGUCCCUGCUGCGAGGAACCCAGGCCUUGAGCACCGAGGAACUACAGGCGCUGUCUGGACAGUAUGAUGCUGUCUACUUCCACCCGAGUACCUUCCACUGCGCCAGGCUGGCCGCGGGAGCUGCGCUGCAGCUGGUGGAUGCUGUGUUGACUGGAACUGCACACAAUGGGUUCGCCCUGGUGAGACCUCCGGGGCACCACAGCCAGAGGGCUGCUGCCAACGGAUUCUGUGUGUUCAACAACGUGGCCAUAGCAGCCAGAUAUGCCCAGAAGCAGCACGGCGUGUGCAGGUGUGUCGGGGCGGCUGUGGGGUGGGGGCUGCGCCGGACGGAAAGUGGUGGGGUAGGCUGCUCAGAGACCCCGUGUGGUGCUCUCCUGUGCAGGGGUGGGCUCCUCGCCCCCAGGUGGGAGGCCCAGCCCCUCAGUGGCCUGUGCACUCCCUAUCCCAGGAUCCUCAUUGUCGACUGGGACGUCCACCACGGUCAGGGCAUCCAGUAUAUCUUUGAGGAUGACCCCAGUGUUCUUUAUUUCUCUUGGCACCGCUACGAGCAUGGUCGCUUUUGGCCUUAUCUUCGGGAGUCAGAUGCAGACGCUGUUGGGCUAGGGCCCGGCCGAGGCUUCACAGUCAACCUGCCCUGGAACCAGGUCGGGAUGGGCAAUGCCGACUACAUGGCCGCCUUCCUUCAUGUGCUGCUCCCUGUGGCCUUUGAGUUUGACCCUGAGCUGGUGCUCAUCUCAGCAGGCUUUGACUCGGCGAUUGGGGAUCCCGAGGGGCAGAUGCAGGCCACUCCUGAGUGCUUCGCCCACCUCACGCAGCUGCUGCAGGUGCUGGCCGGCGGCCGGGUCUGUGCUGUGCUGGAGGUGACUGGCAGCAAGGGGGGCUCACUGGCUGGGUGUCAGGGUGCAGUCAGAGGGGGGCUGCUGUACCUGGCGGGGCGUCCUGCCUGGGCUGGUGGUACCCUGCCCCGCUCACAGCCCUGUCUAGUCGUGUCUCUGUUCUCUCCCUGCUCCCAGGGAGGCUACCACCUGGAGUCGCUGUCCCAGUGCGUGUGCAUGGUGGUGAAGGCGCUGCUGGGUGACCCUGCCCCGCCCCUGUUGGGGCCCAUGGUGCCUCAGCACAGUGCCCUGGAGUCCAUCCAGAGCGUCUGGGCAGCCCAGGCCCCUCACUGGACCAGCCUUUGGCAGCAAGGGUCGACCCCCACACUGAGUCUCAGCACGUGCUCGCCAGAGAGGAGACCCUCCGCUGUGUCGCCUGGGGGACCCAAAGGCAAGGCAGCGGAGGCCCAGACCUCGGCUGUCCUGAGUUCACUCCUGGACCAGCUGCACCUCUACACCACACCCCCUGUCCGCACGGUUAUCGCCCUGACUGCGCCGGCUGCUGCCCUGGUCCUGCCCCCUGAGGUCCUCCAUCAGGAGGGGUCAGCCCCACCGGAGGAGACACAGGCCUGGGCCAGGCUGCAUGAGGCCCUGACCCAGGACACGGCUUUCACUGCACUUGGGAAGGUCCUGCAUCUGUUGAAUGGGAUCCUGGAUGGACAGGUGAGCAGCGGCAUCGUAACAACCCCAGUGGCAGCCCCCACUCUGGAGGUGGUCCUUCGACAGGGCUUGUCCCACGGAGCCCAGAGGGUGUUCUGUGUGGCUUUGGGACAGCUGGAUCGGCCCCCAGACCUUGCCAAUGAUGGGAGGACCCUGUGGCUGAACAUCAGAGGCAAAGAAGCGGCUGCCCUGUCCACGUUCCACGUGUCUGUGCCGCUGUCAGGGACGACGGGUGGGUUCUUGAGCUGCAUCCUGGCCCUUGUGCUGCCCCUGGCCUAUGGCUUCCAGCCUGACCUGGUGCUGGUGGCGCUUGGACCAGCCCAUGGCCUCCAGGACCCCCAAGCUGCACUCCUGGCUGCACUUCUACGGGGGCCAGCAGGGGGCCGAGUCUUGGUCCUAGUGGAGCAGGAGUCCACAUGCCAGCUUGUGGGGGUCCUGGCCCGGGUGUUGCAUGGAGAGCCACCCCCCAGCCUGGGUCCCUUCUCCAUGGCCUCCCCAGAUGACCUGCAGGCCCUGGUGCACCUGAGAGGGCAGCUGGAAGCACAGUGGGAGAUGCUGCAGGUGGCUGCUCCUUCUGGAGUGCCAUGAGCUGGUAGCUUGAAGUCCACCAGGGUGGAAGUCUUCGCAUCCGGGAGAUGCAAACAUUUGCCAGUACACCACGGCUGGAGGCCUUUGUACACAGGGCCGGGCCACGGAGCUGUGGAGGGCACUGGCUCAGGGGCACUCUGUCCACGGCAGGGACCUGGAGCCCCCUCCAGUGGCGCACCUCUUCACAGGUGGCCCCAUCCCCACUUCCUACACUUCUCUGAACCUUAAAAAUAAAAGUUGUUUUACCAGCAA